AUGAAAGACUCGCUCUAUGAUCGCCUUUGGCGCCGGGAAUGCGGGGAGCGAUCAGCGUAUUCCGGGCUUCGAGGUAUAUAUGGCUCUAAGGAAUGGGUCAGUGAUCUUGACAUCGUGAAUGAGCUCGGCGGACAUACGGGAUGUGUCAAUGCAUUGAGUUGGUCGCGGUCAGGUCAGCUCCUUGCAUCCGGCUCGGAUGAUCAGCAUCUCAAUAUCUAUUCCUACCAACCUGAAUCCUCCAACGCUCCGUUUGCGCUCAAUACCACCGUCUUCACUGGACACAAAGCCAACAUCUUCUCUGUCAAAUUUAUGCCACAAUCAAACGAUGGGACUGUGAUUACAUGCGCUGGGGACUCGCAAGUGCGCGUGUUCGACAUUGAAUACUCCAGCGGGAGCAGAAAUACUGCCGCUACGUCCGCAUUUGAGGCCUCCGCUCGCAGUCGGCGAUUCAAUGAGUUUUUCAGUGGUGCUCGGUAUCUAAGCGAUGGCAAUACCAAUGCGAGGAUCUAUCGGAGUCAUGCCGAUCGUGUGAAGCGCAUCGUAACCGAGUCUUCGCCGUAUCUAUUCCUCACUUGCUCUGAAGAUGGCGAGGUGAGACAGUGGGAUCUACGCCUUCCUUCUAGCGCAUAUCCUCCACCUCGAGGUGGCCAGGGCUUCAUGGCAUACCGCCCCGGUUUGAACCAUGAUGACUCCAAUGUGCCGCCUCCUCUCAUUUCCUACAAGCCAUAUAGCCUGGAUCUAAAUACUAUCUCCUGCUCCCCCAGUCAACCUCACUACAUUGCUCUGGGUGGUGCCCACCUUCACUGCUUCCUACAUGACAGGCGGAUGCUUGGUCGCGACAAAUCCGCUGAGAAGGGUGCUAUCGGCGGUGAUGACGAGGAGAUGGGGAAAGCGACCCGCUGUGUGCGGAGAUUCGCACCAGGCGGUAAACGUCGCAUGAGACAUCUCGAUGACGGGCACAUCACCGCAUGUAAAAUUAGUGAUGCAAACCCAGAUGAGAUGAUUGUCAGUUGGUCCGGAGAUCAUAUCUACAGCUUCGAUCUUAUUCGCAGUCCAGAUGCGGGCGAAACGAAGGACAAAAAGUCUGGCAUAGGCAAAGGCGGACGGUCUCGCCGUAGCUCACAAGUCCGCAAGCGAAAGCGUCAGAAGCCUGCUACGCCUGACUCCCAGGGAAGCGGUGGGCGGCAUGAAUCGCGUCGUCGUUCUGCCGAGCCAGAUACUUUUAGGAUUCAAUAUGAAAAUGGCGAAGCUGAAGAUGUUUCUUUUCCAUCGCUUGCGGAUAGUGCCACUGAGACCCCGGAAGAUAUACUCGAACGGGCUCGGUAUACCGUGUUGAGCGAUGCUCAGCGACUAAGCAUGGAAAUUGCAAAAGGAUUGGUAAAACUUCGAAAGACUUUGUUCUCUUUGGAAGCAACUGCAAGGGAGGCUUUAGCCUCUGACGGCGAUGAGUCUGACCUUUACCAGGAAGCUUUCUCUUCUGCUUCAAAUAUUGCUACUACGUGCCUUUCCCAGAUGAACAACGUCAUGUCCGAAUGGAGAUAUCCUCUGAAUCCGACCGCCGAGACAGUUGCCUUUCAGCAGUCUCUUCGGCGGAACCGGGAGUCAUCAUGGAGAUUUACCUUGGCUGCUGGCAACCUCGCUCAGGAAUUAGGAAACUUUGAUCCGUCUCACGGACUUGACAUCGGAAUGAUCCGGCCUGCACCUGGAGAGGAAACGCAUAUCGAUCGACAAGCUCAAUUUGGCUAUGAUUUCCUCCGGGCAAUCGUUCUCUGGAUGCGGGGCGGUAGAUCAAGUGUUUUGGAAGGAUUCCGCCGUCGCAGUGGGCCUCGUCGAGGGCGAGCUCAUGACCGGUAUCCAAUUCCGGAUGAAUACGAAGGCGAUGCUAUCGACGAGGUGUUGAUUCCCUACCUUCUCGAAUUGGCCAGUGACACACCUAUUGUAAAUGUGGACGCGUCGCGGUUCGAGCAUGACAGUACUCGAUUUCUGUUCCAGAGUCAGCGGGCCGCCGUCAUUGCAUUUGGUAAUGCUGUGAAAUUACCUCUGGAAGACCUUGAAGGCUCGGCAGCUCAAUUUGACAGACGCCGGGUCUCCAAUCCUUCCUCGCACGUACGGUCUCUCGAUCGCGCCUCGGCAAGAAGAUUCUGGCUUCUUCGUGUGGGCAGAGGAAUCUUGAUGGAGGCUGGCAGUGGAGUAAACUACACCUUCGUGAACAAUGCGUUUGGUGGAUUACAUACUAUAACAGACUCUGACAGUGAUUCGGAUUCGGAAAGAAAUCAAGAGGAUAUCGAUCCUCUGGAGGAAGAACAAGUCAUCCGACAGAUUGAACUAGUGUCGGCUGGUCCUUCACGACAAGCCAAUCCAGACGUCGAUACAAAUUCCGAGGCAAGCCAGAGCGACAGCGCUGAAGAUUCGACUGACGAUGACGAGGGUGAAAGGGCCAUAGACUCAUCGGACGAAGAAGAUGAAAACGAGGAAGGCAGUGAUGACGACGAUGACGACGACGAGUCCACCACUCGCAGAUAUGCCAUUCGCAGGUCCCGGCAAGAAAAGGUCGAGAUGAACACACCAUGCUCGUCUCACAUGCGAAGUUACCGUGGUCAUUGCAAUAUCAAGACAGUCAAGGAUGUCAACUUCUUUGGCUUGGAUGAUGAGUAUGUGGUCAGUGGCAGCGAUUCCGGUCAUAUCUUCAUUUGGGAUCGCAAAACCUCGCACCUAGUGAAUAUCUUAGAAGGUGACAGUGAGGUUGUCAACGUUGUGCAAGGCCACCCGUACGAACCGUUGAUUGCCGCUUCGGGAAUAGACAAUACCAUCAAAAUAUUCUCGGCAGACCGCACCGCUCAAGCCAAUGCUAGCCAAGGUAUCAAUAUCCUUGAUCCCGAUUUCAGAGGCAACAGACCCGGAAUCACCCAUAUCGGCGGUCUCGAAAGUCGCAAGCGAAUUCAUGACAGCUACCGCAUCAUGAAUGAAAAUGAUGUGGAACGUCGUGGAGGCAUGAGUGAGGCCUACAUUACUCGAAGCAUGCUUGCUCGUCUAGCUGCUACUCUACGGGGCCGACAAGGCGGCGUCGGUGGAAUGGAAGGUCUGGGUGCACAUGACGGGGAUACACCUGUUGUUUUGGAUGAUAAUUGUUCGGUGAUGUGA